ACGACGGCGACGCUUUUCGUAAUUUCGUUCAUAGUGUAGCGUUUAUUUUAGCGUGUACUUUUUAGUUUAUUAUUGUUAAUGUUGUAUGUAAUAUGAAUAGAAAGUGUUUAUAAGUGUACACAAUUAAGUUUCACUAUGUUUUAUCAUAUAUCAUUAGAACAUGAAAUUCUUCUGCACCCUCGGUAUUUUGGGCCGCAGUUGCUAGACAUAGUAAAGCAGAAGUUAUAUACUGAAGUGGAGGGCACUUGUACGGGAAAGUAUGGUUUUGUGAUAGCUGUGACUGCAAUAGACAGUAUAGGAGCUGGUCUGAUCCAGCCAGGACAGGGGUUUGUGGUGUACCCUGUCAAGUACAAGGCUAUAGUGUUCCGGCCAUUCAAGGGAGAGGUCCUCGAUGCUAUUGUUACUCAAGUUAAUAAGUCCAUUCCCGCUGAUAUGGAGUUCUGUCCGAAUGUAAAUCCCCCAUGUUACAAGAGUAAACAGGAAGAUAAUGUCAUACAGGAAGAGGAUGUCAUCCGGCUUAAGAUUGUUGGUACUAGGGUGGAUGCUACUGGCAUUUUCGCCAUUGGAACAUUGAUGGACGAUUACCUAGGAUUAGUAACACAGUAACAUUUAUAAUUUAUAAAUAAAAAAAUAAAAGUGUACAAAUACAAAAUAUUGUUUUCAAUAAGAAAAACCAA